AACCAAUCAGCUACAUCCACACGGAUUGUUGCCCGCGUUGUUAGGAUGUUUUACGAUAUUUCAGCUGAGUGUAGUGCGAGGUCUCCAGUGUAUUACUUCUUCACCCUAACAUGCUUUCAGACUAUAAUUACCUUAUCAGCUUAUGCAAAUGUAGAAGAUGUGCUGGAGAGGGGGACUCGGUUACUGUCAUCGGGUAAAUUUGAAGAGGCUCUUACUUUGUAUAACGAAGCCGUAGGCAAAAGUCCUGAUAAUUAUAUGACACAUUACAAAAGGGGGACUGCAUACAUUGCAUUGGCGAAUUGCAGGAUGUCUCUCUCUGAUUUUAAUAGAGCUCUGGAGCUGAAUCCGGACUUCGUACCUGUUAGUGAGUAGUAGUUAGGCUAAACUGAUCUACAGGCACGGAAAUAUCGCGCAUAUGUGAAGCUCCGGAUGGGAAAACUAUUAGAAGCUAUAGAAGAUUAUGAAGCUGUGCUGACUCAUGAUUCUGACGCUAGUGCAAAGAUAUCCGAAAUACACGGGCUACAAGAACGGUGGUCGACUGCGCGUAGUCUCUUUGAAAACAAUCAGUAUCGGGAAGCUCUUGCACUUCUGGAUAAAUUGAUAGAGUCUAUCGAUUUUGCUGAAGAGCUUCGUGAACUCCGAGCUAAAUGUUACUUAAGUUUGGGGGAAGUUCAAAAGGGCAUUCAAGAAAUGAGAUUUGGUGUUCACCUAACGAAUGAUAAUCGCGAAGGCCUGUUGAGAAUCAGUCAGAUAAUGUACGAUGCUGGUUUUGCAGUUCAAGCUAUUAGUGAACUUCGGGAAUGCCUGAGACUAGAUCAAGAUGACAAGGCUUGCUUGAGUUUCUAUAAAAAAGUCAAUAAAGUUGCCAAGGCAAUAACAGCCACUCAAGAAGCUUUAGAGUCCGAAAGGUAUUCCGAUUGCAUCAGGAUAGCCGCAGAAAUUAUCAAACUGGAGUCUUCAAAUCGUGAGUACGAAAACCAAGCAAAUAUCAGUCUUUGCCACUGUCAUGCUAAGUCAAAAAGUGCUGAUGGAGUUCCUUAUUGUGAAUCUGUAGUACGACACUACCCUGAAAGUACAGAGUAUCAGCUUUAUCAGGCCGAAGCUUACUUAAAUGCUGACCGGUUUGAUGAUGCCAUUUCAACUUACCAAAAAAUACUGGAACAUGAAUCUAAUAACCAGAAGGCAAAAGAAGGUAUGAGAAAAGCCCAAAAACUUUUGAAAGCUAGCAAACGCCGCAAUUAUUACAAGAUACUUGGUGUUGCAAAAUCAGCUUCGAAAAAGGAAAUCGAAAAGGCUUAUCGUAAACUAGCUGCCGAAUAUCACCCGGACAGGUUCCAGGGCGAAGAAAGGGUACAAGCGGAAAAGAAGUUCGUCGAAAUUUCUGCAGCUAAGGAGGUCCUCACAGAUAAUGAAAAACGGGCUCAAUUCGACAGUGGAAUCGAUCCAUUAGAUCCUGAACAACAAGCACAAAAUCCUUUUGGCAAUCAUCCUUUCGAUGGUUUCCCAUUUGGCAAUAUGCAUCCAUUUGAAGGUGCACAUUUUGAAUUCCAUUUUGGAUAACUUGUCAAUCAAAUUUGCCACAGUUGUUGUGGUUUUUCGAUUUAUUCCAUUUCUUUUAGUUGUUUCAAGUAAAACUGAUAACUUUCAACUUCUUCUUUAUUGCCUUUAUCUUUUUGUCUUUCGAAGUGUCCUUAAUCAACACACUGUACAUAAGACCACAAUUAUUGUUUCUUAUAUGAAUGUUGGAUAAAUUAAUCAGAUUACUUGAAAAUACAUUUGUUCGUGUGUGUGUAUAUCUUUCUUCCCUUUUUUUUUUAAAAAAAAUGUUUUUGAUUACAUUCCUGAAUCAGAAAUGAAUUUUCCCUCUGUGUAUAAAUAAAACUUUGUGAUAUUGGUG